UUUCACAAUACGAUAGUGUAUAAUGAAAAUAGGUUCAACAUUUUUUGGGAAAAGUGUUGUUUGUUAAACAAAAAAAAAAAAAAAAAAAAGAAAUGCAAAAAGUAUAUAAAAUUUUUUUUAUAAAAUACUGCAAUGGCGGAUAAAUGUUUACUACUGCAUGGUGCAGAGCAAAAAAAGUUGGGUAGACGAGAUAGAAAAAAAAGAUAAAAUUAUUUUUUUAUUGAGGCUAAUCUAAGUGCUGUUGUACAUACAUAUACCUAUAACUAUGUAUGUAUGAUUGAUUUUUCAAAGAAAUGUAACUAAAUUAAGUGAUAGUGUUACAAUAUGCAAGAAAAUACAUUUCCAGCGGCUGAAAAAAUACUCUCUGAUAUCGAGAAUGUUAUGAAAAAAGAUACAAACCUACAAAGUUUUGAAAUAAUUUUGGAAGAUGACAAUGAAAAUAAGUCUCCUGUAUACCAUGAAGAAAAUUCUCUAGGCUUGGCAUCCUGGUGUGUGCAGCCACUUUAUUGCUACACAUACAAUCGUCUCAUAGAAUUACGGAACAAUAAAUUACGCCGAGAGGAUCCGGUAAUGACUUCUCGCUGGUUACUGGGUGCAAUUCUUCUCAAUCCUGAUGUCAAUACCUUUUGGAAUAUGAGACGUGAAUUGGUUCGUAAUGGACGUAUUGAUGCUAUCCAAGAAUUGCGUUUUAUAAAACUAGUUCUCUAUCAUAAGGCUAAAUGUUUUGAAGCGUUUUCUUAUCGACGCUGGCUUAUUCAAUUUAUUUUAAUAGAGAACUUACAUGUCGAUGACAUCGAAUCAUUAUUACAAGAAGAAAUAAAUGUUGCUAUAAUAUCAGCAAAUCGGUAUGCCAACAAUUAUCAUGCUUGGAGUUAUCGACAGCAUGUAGUAUUGAUGUAUGAGGCCUUAAUAUCAACAAAUUUUCACGAAUUUCUCAUUUCUGAGUGGGAGUCUUCUGAAAAAUGGUGCAGCCUUCAUGUUUCUGAUUACAGUGGACUAGUUUAUAGACAAUUUCUGCUCAAACAAUUACUUAUUAAAUCAGAAUUAAUCCAAUCUGAUGAUAUAUUAUCUUCUGAAUAUGUAGAUAAACGUCGCAAAAUUAUUUAUGAAUAUAUUAAUAAGUAUAAUAACGCACAAGGAUGUAAAGAUAUUAGUUACUUAUACAAAGAAUCUUCUUGUGAAUUUAUUAACACUCUUCACGGCAACUCUAAUAAUCAAAAGUCAGAUGUUGAUUAUGUACAAGUGUUAAUAGCUUUAUCUUACUGGAUAGAAGAUUGUAUUCUUAAUGAAGAUUUUAUUAAAUGUUAUCCUGGUCAUGAAGCUCUUUGGUACCAUCGAAGAUUUCUCGGGCAUACGCUUAGAUGCAUUAAACUUUCAUACUCAAAGUAUUCGUGCUACAAGGCUGAGUCUUUUGAAUCUCCACAUUGUAUUCGACUCGAAAAUAGUCACCAACGGUCAAGUGAUAAUGACUCUCGAAAUUUACUUGAGAUUGCUUUUAAAAAUCAUAAUAUAGAUGUAAUUGAAUUUUCAAAACAACAAGGUAGCUAUCAAAGUGAUAUUGCUGAUAAAUUUAUAAAAUUUUUAGGUAUUUCACAUAUUGAAUUCUAAGAAAAAAAAAUUUACUUCAAUAGAAUGAAAAAAU